AAUUUCACUGUAAUUGAUCGAUCUCCACACUCUCUCUCUGUAGAAGAAAUGGAAGAGAAAAGCAGCUGCGACGGUGGUCACGAAUUCAAACUGCUGCUCUCAUGUCCUUCUGGUCUAUCUCCUUCACAGGUUUCAGUUGUUUUCAAUGAAGCAUACGACAGGAUUCCCCAUCCCGAUCCUUUUUUGGAGCAGUCCAUUUUCGAGGUAUGGGAAGAAAGAGAACGACAAAAUUCACCACUUUACAAUUGGACGAACUUUAGGUAUGGAGGAUACACUUUCGAUGUAGGAAAUGAUCCCAAGCAACAGCCUCAUGUUUCCCUUCAGCUUGGUCUGACAAAUUAUAGGGAUUUUGUGGGGACAAAUUUAAGUCCUAUUUGGGAAAGAUAUCUUGUUCCAUCUGAAGAUGAUUGCAUACAGUGUCAGCACACAUCAAGUCCUCUGGGUAAUGGUGCAGUUGUAGAAACUUCUGAUAAGAAAAUACUUGUGCUUCAGAGAAGUAACAGAGUUGGAGAAUUCCCAGGAUAUUUUGCUUUUCCUGGAGGCAAUCCAGAGCCCCAAGACGUUGGAAUAGUCUCCCAUGACGGCUUCCAUGAGCUGAAUCAAUGUCGCAACAGCAAAGUUUCUCAAGAAAUGUUUGACAGCAUUGUCUGUGAAGUUGUUGAAGAAACUGGAGCUCCUGCAAAUAGCCUUGUACAAAAUAAAGUUGCAUUUUCCAGCCCCAUCUUUAUUGGUAUAUCCCAAAGAGUAUUGAAUGUUAGGCCAAUUGCUUUCUUCUUCAUCAAAUGCAAUCUUCAGUCGGAUGAAAUUCAACAAUUGUAUUCUAGCGCACAAAAUGGCUUCGAGUCAACUCAGCUUUGUGCUGUUUCAAUGUUGCCAUAUGGAUCCACUUUUGCUGAGCUGCGGGAGUCCCAUGUGGAGGGAAAGGGACCAUCUAGCAUGAGAGUGAUUUGGAGAACAUGGCUUCUAAAAUGCCCGGCUGCCACAGAGGAGGCUUUGCACUCUACAAUUUAAUGUUACAAGGCGCCAAUGGUAGCUAAAAAAAGUAGCUUUUCGGCUGCCAAAAAGCAAUAAGUUGGGGUUGCUCAGCUUACUGCUUUUGCUUGUUUUAAGCAGCUUUUAACUUAUUUUAAGUACUUUUUAACUUUGUCAAACACUGAAAAAAGCUAGUAAGAGCUUAAAAGCUUAUUUGACCACCUUAAAAGUCAAUCCAAACACUCUCUUCGUCAUAUUGAACCACAAGUUUGCUUCUUUA